AAUAGAAGAACGCCGAAAUCAAAUUUCGAAAUCAUAGCCGAUUGUGAUUCCGUCGACGCCACAUUUCCUUACUUCCACAACAUUUUUACAAUGGACAAAAUUUUCAAGUAACAAAUUCAAUAUCAACAAAAACAAAUUUACAAGCGGACUGCAUACAAAAAAAAAUCGGAAAAAAACCUAAGAAAAAUGGCUUUAGUAUUGAGGAAGGCUGUACUACCGAAAAAUGUAUCUUUGAUCAAAUGCAUUAGAGGACGGUCACUCGCCACCACUGCCAAAAAGAAUCCAGCACCCCUAUAUUGGCCAAGAUGAGACGCCAGCCAGGUCCAGGAAUUAACGAAAUGCCGGCGAACGAAGACUUCAACUACACAGAAGCUAUACUAAUCUAUAUCUUCACUUAGCCAGGGCUGGUUUAAUUAUUAGCCAGCGUCGCCACGAAACGGGGCAUAAAAGAACAUAUCAAAGGAAUUCUUGACAUCCCCAUGGUGAAAGUGGCAGAACCAUUGUUAGAUAAACCAGGCACAUUUAGGAAAACUUACAAUUUAUACAAGAGCAUGUCGUGCCCUGCGUUCGCUUAUCUAGACCUGCAGCUGGACAUCGUGGAGAACCUGCCGAAGUCACAAUCAACUUCAAACAUCGAUUGCAGCAAAUAUAUAAACUAUUGCCAGAAUCUGGGUUGUGGGCAAGGUCACGUGUGUCCCACCAAUAACAGGCCCGCAUGUAACCUGUCAUCUAUGGACAAACCCAAGGCAUUCUCGACGAAUUGCAAUAAAAAUAUACAGAGAACGAUACCGAAAAAUGAUGCCGCAUUGGUGGCGACUAGGGAGAGGAGCUCAAACGCAGCGAGCAGUAAGAGUGAUGGCGUCGACACAGUUAGUAAGGAAGAUGGUUCCAAAGCAGCGAUUAGUGAGAAUAAUGGCUCCAAUGUAACGAGAAAAGGCGAGAACGGAAUUAAUCCCCAGUUUGAGCACGCUGCUAUGGCGUGCAUGCCUAUUUGUUGUCAGCCUUUUCACAAUCCGUUAUCUCAUGCAGCUGCUGCGUGGCAUCCACAGGAGAACAACAACCCUUGUAAUUUUAGCGCCCCGUGCCACCCUAAUUGGGAAGGUGCACUUCACGUUGGGGCUGCUAUGAACCCCUUCAAUCCAGCUUCUAUCUGCCAGCCACUAUAUUGUCCAGCAGUAAGCUGCAACCCACUGAACAGUCCAAAGACGUUCGCGGAUCCCAUUGCGCAAAUGUGCAAUGUGUGCGGCUGCCCGUGUCCGUGCCCGUGCGGCGCCCCGGGCCAGUCGCCGUGCCCGUGCCUGGGCGGCAGCUGUCUUCCUCCCCCGUGCAAUGUGCCAGCGAAGUGUCUCCAAAAUAUGACCGGUUAUUACUACUAUCCGUAUGGCACUUGGUUCUGUGGGCCUUACCACGUUAAAACUGCGCCAACUCCGUGCUGCGGGCCCGUAUCGCCUGGUGGCCCGUGUGGUCCGAAUCCUCCUAACCCUGGUGGGCCGUGUGGCCCUUGCGGAAUAGGUCCGUGUGGUCCCUGCGGGCCAUGUUGUGGACCCUGUGGGCCGUGUGGGCCAUGUUGCGGCCCUUGCGGGCCAUGCGGAUGCGUUCCGCCGUUCGGCUGUGGCCCAUGCUGCUGUGGGCCUUGUGGUCCCUGCGGCUGUGUCCCGUGCGGCGGCUGCCCGUUCUUCGGCCCUUGUACGAACUGCCCCUGCGGCCCGAUCCCAUGCGGACCAGUCAGCCCUGACGGCCCAAUAGACCCUAGCAAACUGGCGCCACCGCCUUCCUGCGCUGUGCCUGCCGCUGCCACCACAGCCAAAAAGGCAAAUAUUGAUGCAGUCGAUUGCUUCUGCAAAGCCAGUCUAGCCGCCAGAGCACAAGACAACAAGCUAAAGACCGAAGACGAGAAGCCAGCUAAGGCCCCAAACACAACCCCAAUUUACAGCAAUCCGAAUAUCAUAAAAGGUUUUCCAUACAACAAAAUCAAACCAUUGCCGCCUAUUCCUAUGCCCAACGCUUCAGUUGGCGCCAGAGCAAGCGCCACGUGUUUCUCAACAUUAAUUAGCGCUAAAAGUAUUUCGUUAGAUCUCAAGAACACUAGAAACCACACGACAAAAAUUCGCAAUGUGCGCAAACCACACUAUAUUCCCGUCGUCAAAAAUAAAGAUGCCUUUUCGUAAAACAAAAUGGCGUCGUUAUUUUGGGCGCAGUAGUAGUUUUGGAUAACAACCACAAUGUAGUCAUAAGUGAAAUUUCAAUCUUUUGAAAUAAAGUAAUUGAACACUU